AUGGGUCGCCACAGCGUCAUCUUCCUCCGCGUUCUGCAGGGCCUGUUGGCCGUGGUCAAUCUAACAUUAGCCGCGUACGCUGUUCCUGACGAAACGGGCGCAGUCUACCACUGGUACGCCAGCGUCGCGCACCAGGCGAGCCCCGGGGCGCUGCAGUUCCUCGUUUUCGCGCCGUGCGUGUCGCUCGCGUCGAUUGCGUACCUGGAGGUCGCCGUGCGGCAGCGGCGCAUGAUCAUGGCGCACCGGCUGACGUCGAUGGGCGUCGAGGGGCUCAACGCGAUCCUGUACCUGGGCGGCUUCGUCGCGUUUGCGCUGACGCUGAGCGACGCGUCGGCCACGGCGUGCGCCGGCCGCAGCAGCUGCACGCUCAGCCGGGCCGUCGCCGUGCUCGCCGCCGCCGAGUUUAGCGCCUGGAUCGCGUCGGCGUUUGUCGCCGCGCAGGAGUGGUUCCGCACCGAGGCGCACAUGAACAAGAUUACGGCCGCGCGCCGUCAAAUGGCCGAAGCGAAUGCGCGAUUGUAG